AUGUUGACAUCUGCAGACGGCAGCGGCGUGCAGGCGGCGGCCGCCGUCAGCUCUCACGUGGCCUGUUUCUCGCGCCAAUCCAAUCUUUCUAGAGUGGGCGCCCAGGAGGGCAGCCGUAACGGCGUGCUCGACGACGGCGGCGGCGGCGGCGGCGGCGGCAGCGGCGGAGGAGACGGCCGUCGGUCAGGCGCGAGGGCGGCCGAAGCUGCGGGCGUGGCGGACCAGGGAGGCGCUGGCGGCGGCGGCGGCGGCGGCGGGGGCGGCGGGGCGGCGACUCAUUACUGGAAAGCAGGCGGCGAGCCGGCAGCCCGGGGGGCCACUGCUCGAGCCGCGGGUCGCAGCCGAGGAGAGCCCUAA